AUGACUUCGCCGAAGCAAGCUCCACAAGCCGGAGACACUUCCCUCUCCGGGCAAUUCAGUCCUCAUCCCCGAUCAACUAUCGCCGAGGAGGACCUUGUACACGUGAAGUUCCUCUGCGGCCUCACGUCGGAGACGGAGCUCAUCGCUCCGGGAGACGAUCUUUCACCGGAGGACCCUCCGCCCGGUUAUUGCUGCGCCUACGAGAUCUUUUUCUCGAAGUGCGGCCUCUACUUCCCUCUGCCGGAGCUUCUGGUGAAGGCGAUGUUCGCCCUAGGCGUUGCCCUUCCCCAGCUAUGCCCGAACUUUGUUCGGACCCUUCUCUGCCUGCAGACCCUGGCGGAGGAGCACGGCUAUCUCAUCACCUUCCAAGACAUACUCCACCUUUACACGAUAAAGAGUGGCCGGACCAGGGGGACUUUCUAUCUCAGCCCGUUGGCCGGACUUCGGGUUUUUGACGACUUUCCCGGGAAGGACGAGCAGUACCGGGGCGGCUACUUCUUCUUCCCGAUCAACCGGGAUACCUUUGGCGACCUGCAGGAGCUAUUUUUCCCGCAUUGGUCCCAAAAACCUGCCUCUCUUGACCGCGGGUUCCUGUCCGAAACCUUCGCGGAUUACUUCGUCACGUUCGGUGGCGGCCAAACCGCGUGGGAUUCUUUUACUUGCCCUAGAAUUCGCGAGGCCGGAGCCCGCAUUCGCACUAGUUUUCUCACCAUCUCCUCCCCCCCAAGCUGCACCUAG